AUGAAAUUAGAACAGCAACUUGCUGCGCAGAGACAAGAAUUUGAGCUACAAAUCAAACAAUUCCAAGCUAAGCUUGAAGAACAGCAACGAGUUAUAAUAGAACUGCAGGCUGACAAGGCUAAGCUAACUGCUGAUCUAAAUCCAGCGACUAGUUGUGUUUAUGCUGGAGCAGCUAUACAGUGGAUACAUAUACCUGGCACGGAUGCCUUCCAGCUGCCCUGUGAUUCCACAUUGCCCAACAAGCCAUAUGCGAUUAUACAACGACGCAAUCGAGGAAUUGUGAACUUCGAUCGAGCCUGGCAUGAGUACAAAAAUGGCUUUGGUGAUUUGCAAGGAGAAUUUUGGCUCGGCCUGGAGCGUUUGCAUCAGCUGACAAAGUUUCAGCCACACGAGCUGCUCAUUCAGCUGGAGAAUGCUGUGGGCGCAAGACUUUUUAUACGCUAUACAAAUUUCUCCAUUGGCAAUGAGUCAGAAUCAUAUAAAAUAUUAACUGCAGUGCCACAAAGUGGCAACAAUAAUACAAUUGAGCCGCUCAAAUUCACAACAUCAGAUCGUGAUAAUGAUAAUGAUGUUGAUGAUAAUUGUGCUGUCGACUUUGCAAGCGGCUGGUGGUUUAAUGAUUGCUACAGAUCGUAA